AAACUUUCCAAACACACUGAAAUCUAAAUUCAAAAAAUAAAAAAGGCAGGAAAAGAAGGGGAAGGAGCGAGCUCCGAGCUGUGUAUGUGAUGGCGACAGAGGAAGGAGAAGCUGCCACGGAUAACGAAGUAAAUGUUGCUUUCGAAGAAGAAGAGAAGCAAAAUCAGACCGAAGUUGAUGAUGCAGAAGCAGAAGAAGACAAUGAUGACGAUGAAGGAGGAGGAGAAGAAGAAGAAGAAGAAGAAGAGGCCGAGGAGGAGGAGGAGGAGGGAGAGGGCGAAUACACUUUCAGAUUCACCAACGGAAUGAGUCAUUUGGAUUUCGUUCGAAACAACGAUUCCGACGUCCAACGUUACCAGCAAUUCGAGCUCCUUGAGCAUCAAGCUCUCGCUGAUAGAAAGCGCAAAGCCCUUUCACUUUCAGAUUCUCAUCAGGAAGAGACUCCUUCAAAGAAGGGGAGGGAAGAUGAUAAUCCUGGGGCAACCAUGGCUGAGAUAAUGGAAGCAAUGAAUUUUGGCGCACGCAGGAGAUCAAGAAAGCAAAAGAAAAGAGGUAGGCGAAAAGGAUCAAGGAAUAAGCUAAACCCACAGAUAACAAGAAUGCUCGGUGAUGCGACGCUUCACUACGUUUGUCGCCGUUAUGACCAGGCUAUAGCUGUCUCACAUGAAGUUAUUAGGCUGGCACCAAAUGUGGCUGAUUCGUAUCACACCCUUGGACUUGUAUAUUAUGACCUUGAGGAUUACAAAAGGGCGAUGGAUUUUUACAUGAUUGCUGCUCAUUUGACUCCUAAAGAUUCAUCCCGUUGGAAAAUGCUUUAUGACUGGUCCAGAGAACAAGGUGAUAUUGGUCAAGCCAGUUACUGCCUUUCCAAAGCAAUAACAGCAGAUCCCAAGGACGAGACUCUUAGGAAAGAACGUGCAAUGUUUUAUGUUGAGCUUGGAGAUUAUCAAAAAGCUGCUGCUGCAUAUGAGCAAGUACAUCACCUUUGUCCUGAGAAUGUUGAAGCACUAACAGAUGCAGCUAAGUGCUACCAAAAAUGUGGUCAAGUUGCCUGUUCAAUCCAAAUUCUUGAAGAUUAUCUAAGGAGUCAACCAGACAAAGCUCAUGCAAGCUUAGUUGACCUAUUGGCUACUAUAUACAUGGAAACUAAGGCACAUGACAGAGCUCUUCAGCAUAUUGAGCAUGUUCGAAUAGUAAAUUCAGGGGAAGAAAUGCCUUUGAACCUGAAAAUUAAGUCUGGAAUCUGCCAUGCUCAUCUUGGAAACAUGGAGAGGGCUCAGGCUUGCUUCAGUGACAUAAAACCAGAGAAUGCAAUUGAACAUGUUGAGUUGGUCACAGAGGCUGCAGACUCCUUAAUGGAACUUGAGCAUUAUGACUCCGCAUUGAGUUAUUAUUUGAUGUUGGAAGGCAAUGGUGGAAAUGAACAUGGUCUUCUGUAUCUGAAAAUUGCUAGGUGUUAUCUAUCCUUGAAAGAAAGGUUACAAGCAAUUCACUUUUUUAGCAAAGCCCUAGAAACACUACAAGAUGAUGUUGAUGCACGCAUUACGUUGGCUUCCCUUUUGAUUGAAGAAGGGAAAGAAGAUGAAGCCAUUUCUUUGCUUUCUCCUCCAAAGGAUUCUGACUCUGCUGAAGCACAUUCUGUAAAGCCAAAUAAAUGGUGGGUUAAUGAAAGGAUAAAACUGAAGCUUUGCAAUAUAUAUUGGAAUAAAGGGUUGCUAGAUGAUUUUGUGGAUGCAAUUUUUCCUAUGAUACGUGAAUCAUUGUACGUCGCAACCCUUCGACAAAGGGGUAAAUCGAAAAAACGCCUCUCUACACGAGACCUGGUUGAAAGGGUUAGGGUAAUGAAUGCUCCAGAAAAGGAUAAUGUAUUUCAAGGAUUCAGGCCUAUAGCUACUCCUUCUGAUAGGUCUGACCGGUGGAAAGCUUCCAGGGCAAAACGAUCGCUUCAAAAGAAGGAAAUUGAGAAGGAGAAAAAGAAAGCUGAGGCAUUGGCCGCUGGAAUUGACUGGCUGAGCAAUGAUUCAGAUAUUGAACCUCAGAGAGUACACAAAGAACCUCCAUUAUGUAAUCUUCUCAAGGAUGAAGAGCAUCACCAGCUAAUAAUUAAUUUGUGCAAGGCAUUAGCUUCCUUACAAAGGUAUUGGGAAGCAUUGGAGAUUAUAAAUAUUACUCUCAGAUUGACUCAUUCUGCACUUUCUGCUGACAAGAAAGAGGAACUUCGAUCUCUUGGAGCUCAAAUGGCAUACAACACCACGGAUCCUAAGCAUGGGUUUGAUUGUGUAAAAUACAUUGUUCAGCAACAUCCGUACAGUGUUGCUGCUUGGAAUUGCUACUACAAGGUUAUGUCUAGAUUGGAAAAUCGAGAUACAAGACACUCCAAGUUUAUACUUAAUAUGCAAGGAAAGUUCGUGGAUUGUGUACCUCCUAUUCUCAUUUCUGCUAAUCAGUAUACUAUAAUUAGCCAUCACCAAGAUGCUGCAAGGAAAUACUUAGAAGCUUAUAAACUUUUGCCAGAGAAUCCCUUGGUUAAUCUUUGCGUUGGAACUGCCUUGAUCAACCUAGCAUUGGGUUUAAGACUUCAAAAUAAGCAUCAGUGUGUUGUACAAGGUUUAGCGUUCCUCUAUAACAAUUUAAGGAUCUGCGACAACAGCCAGGAAUCAUUGUACAACAUAGCUAGGGCGUUCCAUCAUGUUGGUCUUGUAACUUUGGCAGCUUUCUAUUAUGAGAAAGUGCUUGCUAUUCGUGAGAAGGACUAUCCCAUUCCAAAACUUCUCAAUGAAACACCGGAUAUUGCUGAAAAUCAUAAACCCGGUUACUGUGAUCUUCGCAGAGAGGCUGCUCACAAUCUGCACUUGAUCUACAAGAAGAGUGGAGCUCUUGAUCUUGCUAGACAAGUUCUAAAAGAUCAUUGCACCUUCUGAGCUUAUGUUGACAUUUCUUCUUGUGUAUAUAUAUAUACGGAUGAUAGUAUUUAUAUGCAAUGAUAGUAGCAACUUAUUUGUUUAUUUUUACUC